AUGGCCGAGUACGGUGAUGCCUAUGAGGAGGAGUUCUACGACGAUGAUGUGGAGGAGGGCAUCACGUCGGAGGAUUGCUGGACGGUUAUCUCAUCUUUCUUCGACUCCAAGGGUCUGGUAUCGCAGCAAUUGGAUUCGUUCGAUGAGUUUAUCUCGUCAACGAUGCAAGAGCUGGUGGAAGAGCAGGGACAAGUGACUCUCGAUCAGACUCUGCCGCCCUCCGAUGACGAAAUCGAUCCUGUCGUCGUGCGUCGCUACGAGUUGAAAUUCGGGACGGUUAUGCUUUCAAGACCGUCGGUCACUGAGGGCGACGGUGCGACCACGAUCAUGCUUCCUCAGGAGGCUCGUCUGCGAAAUCUGACCUACGCCAGUCCGCUCUACCUGGGAAUCACGAAGAGGAUUAUGGAAGGACGAGAACGCGUGGUCGGUGAUGAAGAAGGGCUGGUUGAUGAAGAGGAACGAAAAGCUCGCGGCACUUACCUGCACUGGGAGCAGAAGGAACUUCCAUCUGACCAGGCCAAGGAGGAGACCGUCUUUAUUGGAAAGAUGCCGAUUAUGCUGAAAUCUAAAUACUGCAUCCUGAAGGACCUGAGCGAACAGGCGCUCUACAACUGGAACGAAUGUCCCUACGAUUCCGGUGGUUAUUUUAUUAUUAACGGCAGUGAAAAGGUUCUGAUCGCACAGGAACGGAGUGCUGGUAACAUCGUCCAGGUGUUUAAGAAGGCGCCUCCGAGCCCGACUCCAUAUGUUGCCGAAAUUCGAAGCGCCGUAGAGAAAGGCUCGAGGCUUCUUUCUCAGCUGUCAAUCAAACUCUUCUCCAAAGGUGAUAGUGCCAAGGGAGGAUUUGGUCCUACGAUUCGGUCGACCCUACCUUACGUAAAGACUGAUAUCCCAAUCGUGGUUGUUUUCCGGGCUCUUGGUGUGGUAUCGGAUGAAGAUAUCCUUAACCAUGUCUGCUAUGAUCGGAAUGAUAUCCCUAUGUUGGAAAUGCUGAAGCCUUGUAUUGAGGAAGGCUUUGUUAUUCAAGACCGCGAAGUCGCCUUGGAUUUCAUCGCCAAGAGAGGGUCUUCACAGUCGAGCAUGAACCACGAAAGACGUGUGAGAUACGCGCGAGAAAUUAUGCAGAAGGAGUUACUUCCUCAUAUUUCCCAGGCCGAAGGUAGCGAAACUCGGAAGGCGUUUUUCUUGGGGUACAUGGUGCAUAAACUGUUACAGUGCGCACUGGGACGGCGGGAUCCUGACGAUCGUGACCACUUCGGCAAAAAGAGACUUGACCUCGCUGGUCCUCUUCUUGCCAAUCUCUUCAGGGUCUUGUUUACACGAGUCACCCGAGAUCUCCAACGCUACGUGCAGAGAUGCGUGGAGACUAACCGAGAAAUCUACCUGAAUAUCGGUAUCAAGGCCAGCACAUUGACUGGAGGUCUAAAGUAUGCAUUGGCUACGGGCAAUUGGGGCGAACAGAAGAAAGCAGCUAGUUCCAAAGCUGGUGUUUCGCAGGUGCUCAGCCGUUAUACAUACUCUUCCACUCUUUCGCAUCUUCGGCGCACCAAUACGCCCAUCGGUCGUGAUGGGAAAAUUGCGAAGCCUCGCCAGCUUCACAAUACUCAUUGGGGUCUGGUAUGCCCAGCAGAGACGCCAGAAGGUCAAGCUUGUGGAUUGGUCAAGAACUUGGCACUCAUGUGCUACAUCAGCGUCGGUACACCUAGCGAGCCUAUUAUCGAGUUCAUGAUUCAGCGCAAUAUGGAGGUCCUUGAGGAAUUCGAGCCGCUGGGGACGCCAAACGCGACAAAGGUCUUUGUCAACGGAGUUUGGGUUGGAAUUCAUCGUGAUCCUGCUCAUCUUGUCAACACAAUGCUUUCUCUGCGGCGGCGCGGCAUGAUUUCCCACGAGGUCAGCUUAAUCAGAGACAUUCGGGAGAGAGAAUUCAAGAUCUUCACGGACGCUGGUCGUGUUUGCCGGCCUCUGUUCGUCGUUGAUAAUGACCCGAAAAGCGAGAACUGUGGUUCGCUAGUCUUGAACAAAGAGCAUAUCCGCAAGCUGGAGCAAGAUAAGGAAUUGCCUCCGGAUCUGGAUCCGGAAGAGCGUCGAGAACGGUACUUUGGGUGGGAUGGUCUCGUGAAAUCGGGAGUCGUCGAAUACGUAGAUGCUGAGGAAGAGGAGACUAUCAUGAUCGUUAUGACCCCGGAGGACCUCGAGAUCUCCAAACAACUUCAAGCUGGCUACACACUUCCCGAUGAAAACGAUCCCAAUAAACGUGUGCGUUCUAUUCUAAGCCAAAGGGCACAUACCUGGACACAUUGCGAGAUCCAUCCUAGUAUGAUCCUUGGUGUCUGUGCCAGCAUUAUCCCCUUCCCCGACCACAACCAAUCGCCGCGUAACACCUAUCAAUCGGCUAUGGGUAAACAAGCCAUGGGUGUAUUCUUGACAAAUUUCGACCAGCGGAUGGAGACGAUGGCCAACAUCUUGUACUACCCGCAGAAACCUCUUGCCACAACCCGGUCGAUGGAAUUCCUUCGAUUCCGUGAACUGCCUGCUGGGCAGAAUGCAAUUGUCGCCAUCGCCUGUUACUCCGGGUACAACCAGGAAGAUUCGGUGAUUAUGAAUCAGAGCAGCAUAGAUCGUGGUCUGUUCCGCAGUCUCUUCUACCGGACCUAUACAGACUCGGAGAAGAUGAUUGGCUUGACGGUGGUUGAGCGUUUUGAGAAGCCGAUGCGCACAGAUACCCUCGGUAUGAGGAAAGGUACGUAUGACAAGCUCGAUGACGACGGUAUCAUUGCGCCCGGUGUGCGCGUAUCGGGAGAGGAUAUUAUUAUUGGCAAGACGGCGCCCUUGGCACCUGAAGCGGAGGAGCUUGGGCAGAGAACCAAGGCGCACACCAAAUUGGAUGCGUCAACCCCUCUCCGAAGUACAGAAAGUGGCAUUGUGGAUCAGGUGCUUGUUUCCACCAGCAAUGACGACCUGAAGUUCGUCAAGGUCCGGAUGAGGACUACGAAGAUCCCACAGAUUGGUGACAAGUUCGCUUCCCGUCACGGGCAGAAGGGUACCAUUGGUAUCACGUACCGGCAAGAGGAUAUGCCCUUUACACGGGAGGGUCUGACUCCCGACUUGAUCAUCAACCCACACGCCAUUCCGUCACGUAUGACCAUUGCUCACUUGAUUGAGUGUCAGCUCAGUAAAGUGUCGGCCCUGCGCGGAUUUGAAGGCGAUGCCACGCCGUUUACGGACGUUACGGUUGAUUCGGUCUCUCGGCUUCUACGCGAACACGGCUAUCAGUCCCGUGGGUUUGAGGUGAUGUACAAUGGGCAUACUGGCCGCAAGCUCGUAGCGCAGAUCUUCCUUGGCCCGACCUACUAUCAGAGGUUGCGGCAUAUGGUGGACGAUAAGAUCCACGCACGCGCGCGCGGACCGACGCAGAUUCUGACUCGACAGCCAGUGGAAGGUAGAGCCCGCGAUGGUGGUCUGCGUUUCGGAGAGAUGGAACGUGACUGUAUGAUCGCCCACGGAGCCAGUGCCUUCUUGAAAGAGCGUCUGUUUGACGUUUCUGAUCCUUUCCGCGUCCACAUCUGCGAUGACUGUGGACUGAUGACCCCUAUUGCCAAAUUGAAGAAGGGUCUUUUCGAGUGCCGGUUGUGCAAUAACAAGCAUAGGAUAUCGCAGGUUCAUAUUCCGUAUGCGGCCAAGCUGCUCUUCCAGGAGCUGGCGGCGAUGAAUAUAGCUGCCCGUAUGUUCACCAACCGGUCUGGCGUGUCUGUUCGGUAG